GCUUUUUAUAAGUGCAGCUGGCGGUGAUCGUGGAAAAUGCAGUGAAAUCUUCGCAGCGAACUGAAUGCACGAACAAUGUUGAUCAUCAUAAUAGCUUGUUUGUUUGGAAACUCCUUCGCCGCGCAUCCCCAUGGCAUAUCUGGAACAUUAGUGGACUUCACUGACCCUAAGGUCCAAGGACACUUAGACGCGCUGGUGCGAAUGGCACAAUCUUGUGUAAUUAAGGUGCGAGCUUCACCGAAGGACGUCAGAGCAUAUUUCACCAAUUCACCACCUAUUACAAGAUCUGGACAAUGUUUUGCGGCGUGCAUGUUGGAACAGAGUGACGUCAUUAAUCAUGGAAAGGUAAACCGUGAUCUCCUCGUACAUCUAGCCAGCCUGGUAAAUGGCAAGAAUUCUCGAGUGGUUCGUAAGCUUCAAAGUAUUUCGAGGCUCUGUCUCGACAGCAUUGAAGGCAUGUCGGAUAGAUGCCAGCUCGCCUCAACCUAUAACGACUGCCUGAACGAAAAUAUGAUCGAGUUUGCUUUCCCCUUGGACAUAGCUGAGGAAGCUGUAAGGAAGAUGCCAUUCCAUUUAAUACAACCAAACUUACCACAGGAGAUAAGACACACAUUCUAAGAAGGUUUAUUUUUAUUUUUAUAUUUUUUUAUUAAAAUGAAAAUCACUAACAAAAA